AUGACUUCUCGAAAGCGUUACAAAGUAUCUUAUGUUUUGGAUUCAGAAGAAGACAAAUUAGGCCACCGCUUAAAUGUCAAUUGCCUUGCACUUGGGCGCUGCUUUUCAAAUAAGGGUUCUGCGCCCGUCAGCAGCGCCCUUUACAGUGGUGGCCGGGAUGGGCAAUUGUUUCGUUGGGACGUUGGCCUAGAUUAUACCAAGAGGCCAGUGCCUUUGUCCUCAGUCCAAGCCCACUCUUCGUGGAUCAAUGACAUCGCUGUUACAUCGAAUUCUCAAGGUGUCAUAUCUUGCUCAUCUGAUUUAACAGUAAAGCUUUGGAAGCCUCAUGAAUCUGGCCCUUCAUCUUUGUCCACGAUUGGUGAACACAACGAUUAUGUGAAACGUCUUAGUCUACCCAAGGAUUGUAGAAGCCCAUGGGUGGUUUCUGGUGGUCUCGACAGUCGCGUAAUUGUUUGGGACUACAAUGUUUGUCAAGAAGCAAUGCGUUUCGAGCAGCCUCCCAAUUGUUCUAUCACUGUUGGUCCUCGGAGUGGUGUGUACUCGUUGGCUGCAAACAAUAACAUUAUUGCUAACGGGGGCAUUCAAAAGGAUAUACAGCUUUGGGAUUGUGUCUCUAAAAAGAGAAUAACUGAUUUGGUCGGUCAUACGGAUACUGUUCGAGAUAUUUUAAUAAGUGAAGAUGGAAGAACUAUUCUUACGGCCUCCUCCGAUGCUACUAUUAAACUUUGGUCUUUGAGAGCUCAAAAGUGUUUAUUUUCGUUUUUGGCACAUUCUGAGAGUGUUUGGUCUUUGUAUUCUGAGCAUCCCGACCUUAAGGUAUUCUACGCCGGUGACCGCUCAGGACUGAUCACUCGCACUGACAUUCGAGACACUCGUAAUGAUCAAAGUUGUUCUGCCUUAUGCAAACAAGAUUCUCCUGUCUCUGAUUUAAUUGCUCGUCAGUCUUUCAUAUGGAGUACAGCCUCGGACAGUUCCAUUCAUCAAUGGAAAGAUGAAUGUUCUUUAUAUGAUAGUUCAGCUCCUUUGGCAAAAAGUUCGACAUCCCUCCUCUCUCCUUUAGUGCAAACCAAUUCAAGAAAUUCUGUCGAAACAAGAUCUGGUGAGUGUCCAACUCUUUACCACGAUGACGCAGAGGAUAUCUAUUACGAUUUGCAAUUUGCAGAAACCCAUACUUCUUUAUAUGUUAAUCGAAAACCCGAAUAUACAAUUAGGGGUGGGCUUGGAAUAGAGAAAUGUCGAUUGUUAAGUGACCGGCGACGGGUCCUUACAGAGGAUUCGGUCGGGAAAAUCUGCUUAUGGGAUAUUAUCAGCUGUAAAAAAAUUGAGAAUAUGGAUACUAAUGAAAAUUUUGAUAAAGUUGCUCAGUCUCUAGAUACCAUAGAGACAUUACCCAGAUGGGCUUCGGUAAACUGCCUCUUGGGAAUUCUUGCCGUAACGCUUGAUGAAAAUCAUUACAUGGAUACAGAAGUUUACGCAGAUGAGUGUUUGCAGAUGAAGUCAGUUGAGGUUACUGAUAAACGUGUUAACUUGGGCGUUUGGGUAAUAAAGAAUCUAUUUUUUCCUUUUAUCGACGUUGAGCUUCAGCGAGACGCUAGAUUCAGAAAAAAUGUUGAGAUGAUAAGAGCGAAUGUGCAAAAGCAAUCAGAAACGGUGGAGAGGGACAAAAAUAGAAACUCUCUUACAAUGCCUGUUGCACUUUCACCCUUGAAAUUGCGACCUAGACCGUCUACUAUGUUCUUUCCAAAUGAACCAGUAACUCCAGCUAGUCCUCAGUUUUCCCCUACCUCCUUUCCUAUGGAUCAGUUUAGUGAUAACCAGCCUCAGUCCCCUUUUCACCCUUCUUCACAUAAUCCGAUAUAUACAUCCGCUGAGACAGAAAAUUUGAUGAAUGCUCCUGAUUACUUCUCAAUACCUACGAGCAAACCACAAGCUGAGUCUGCAAUCGUAAAAACGAAGGAAAUAGGCUCGCCCAGGCAUGAGGGAUCUUUUAUGGGACGUUUAAAAAAAUUUGGCAGAUCAAGGUCUUCUAGGAAUCUUUCUUUAGGGACGCCUAAAUCGCCAGCUGAGCGUUUACCAUUCAACAAAUCCAUAAGCCUAAAUCCAACUCUUAAUCCGGCCGCACCUCAAGUAAAUUCAGAAACAAGAAAUGCGGACAAUGCACCUAGUUCAAGCUCCUCUUUUUUUAACGGAAAUCCGGCACCAGCUCCCACUCAAACACAGAAACCUAUGAGAACAGUCAGCGAUUUAAUCGAAAGCUUACAUGAGCAGUAUGUUAAUAAGAAGCCAGAUGAGAGUAUAAAUACAUCCUUAAAGCAGCCUUUCACUGAUUUUACUCCACAAUUGGAUUUGUCAAAACAGAUAACGGUUAUCAUCAGUGAAGAAUCCCGUGAGGCAGGGAGUUCAAAAGAUAUUUUUUGCUCUACCAUAGGUAAUAUGGAGAAUGAUGCUGAUGUAUUGGAGAAAGUAAUGCCUUAUUGGUUAGGAAAGCUCCUUUUAAUGAACGAUGUUCCUUCGAAGAACAGUCCGACGAUUGGCUUUUCGAUCCAGCCGAAUCCAAACUCAAAGCUACCUUCAAUAGUAAAUGAAACGACUCGUUUGAGUGCGAAUUCCAUGCUUCGUGUCCAAAAGAUAUUGGAUUAUACACAAAGCAAAAUCAGUCAACUUGUUCCGAACAUGAAUGGUCAGUUAGAGAUUCGCUGUAAAGACAUUGUUGUUACUCCUAAAAUGACCAUAGCUACCGUCAAGACGAGAAUUUGGCGUUCGGGAGAUGAUGUUCUCUUUCAGUACAAUAUAAAUCCGGAUACGGUCGAUGAAGUUGUUGAAGGAACCCAAAAGUUGGACAUUACAGGCUAA